GGGCCUUUCUGCUUCGGAAUUAUUAAGGCGAGGAGAGUCAUGGCAGCUGCAGGCUACAGCUUUCCGUCCUACUGGAAAUUGCGAUGAAGCGCUUUUUCAAGCCAAUAGAGAAAGACGGGUCUGCAAAGAAGCCCACGCUCUCUGCGAAACACGAAGAUGAUGAGGAAAGGGAGACAACUGCAUCAGAAGCGGGAAGUGAGAAGAAGAAAGAGCCACUGAAGUUUGUUACAUGGAACGCCAAUAGCCUUCUUCUUCGAGUCAAGAACAACUGGCCUGAGUUCUCCAAGUUCGUCUCUAGCUUUGACCCUGAUGUCAUUGCCAUACAGGAAGUAAGGAUGCCUGCUGCUGGCUCGAAGGGUAUGCCUAAAAACCCAGGAGAGGUGAAAGAUGACACAAGCUCUUCCCGUGAGGAAAAGCAGAUAUUGAUGCGCGCUCUUUCCAAUCCACCAUUUGGAAAUUAUCGUGUUUGGUGGUCCCUUGCAGAUUCAAAGUAUGCAGGGACUGCAUUGUUAGUAAAGAAGUAUUAUCAACCAGUGAAAGUCUCUUUCUCUCUCGACAGAACAGCUUCAAAAUAUGAACCAGAAGGCCGGGUUAUUUUGGCCGAGUUUGAGACAUUUCGCUUACUGAAUACAUAUGUUCCAAACAAUGGCUGGAAAGAGGAGGAGAACUCAUUUCAAAGGAGAAGAAAAUGGGACAAAAGGAUGCUAGAGUUUGUUGUGCAAUUAUCAGAUAAGCCUCUUAUAUGGUGUGGUGAUCUGAAUGUUAGUCAUGAAGAGGUUGAUGUGAGUCACCCUGAAUUUUUCAGCAGUGCGAAGCAAAAUGGUUAUGUUCCUCCAAACAAAGAGGAUUGUGGGCAGCCUGGCUUUACCUUGAAUGAGAGAAAGCGCUUUGGUGCCAUUCUGAGAGAGGGAAAGCUGAUAGAUACAUAUAGAUAUUUGCACAAGGAGAAGGACAUGGAGCGUGGCUUCUCAUGGUCUGGAAAUCCCAUUGGAAAGUAUCGAGGGAAAAGGAUGCGAAUUGAUUAUUUCAUAGUUUCAGAGAAAUUCAAAGAUAGGAUUGUUUCGUGUGAGAUCCAUGGGAAAGGCAUUGAAUUACAAGGACUUGGCUUGGCUAUCUCCAACAACACAUCAAGGGGGAAUUUUGCUUCUACACUCCAAUGUUCUUAAACUUUGUAAAGGAUCUGUGGCUGAUGAUGUAUAUAUAUUAUUUUCCUGACCUUAAAAUGCUUGAAAGGAUAUAUCUUUCAAGUUUUCUAUCUGUUGAGGCAUGGAAAUGAGUUUGUUAUAUGCACAUUGGAAUAUGGGGUAAUUCAUGUAAAGUUUUCUUGUU